AUGGAACUGUUCCAGUCUGCGAAGCAGAGGUUGGGAUGGGACAACAAGAGAUUCGCCACGGUUCUGAUUCUGUCCUUGAUAAUUCUCCCUGCAUCAAUCCUACUCGUGACAAUAUCUCGGAGCUCAACCUUCACCGGCGCCGGAGGGUUCAGCAUUACCCAAAUCCUGAAGGGUAAAUUCCGGCAGCAAGAACUGAGAGAGCAUUUGGCUUCCCCACCUUCAGUUGCUCCAACCCCAUCUCCAGGAUUCAGGACACAACAAGAUUCGUCAAAUCGAAACGACGAAGCGUUGCUGGAUGGACUAUUAAUGUCUCCUGAAGCUGACGAACCUUCUUGCUUAAGCAGGCAUCAAUCCUACCGCAAGCAUUCACCUCAUAAGCCAUCUUCAUAUCUCAUUUCCAAGCUGAGGAAGUACGAAGAUCUUCACAGGCAGUGUGGACCUGGAACUAAGUCGUACAAAAGGGCAAUUAGGAAGCUUACAAAGUUGGACAGAGUAGACCGUGAUCAUUCUUCUUCUGAAGAGUACUGCAAGUAUGUCAUCUGGUUACCUGCAAAUGGGUUAGGGAACAGAAUGAUAAGCAUUGCUUCCACAUUUCUGUUUGCUCUUCUCACGGAGAGAGUGCUGCUUCUCCAUCAACGACCCGAUAUGGAAGAUCUGUUCUGCGAGCCAUUCCCAAACUCGUCGUGGGUCCUGCCGGUGGACAAGUUCCCUCUGCAGAAGGAAUUUUGGGAUGAGAAGGACAGGCACUCACACAGCAUUGGAAGCUUGAUGCAAAACGAGUCGUCGAGGGGUCAAGCGUCUUCGUAUCUGUUUGUGAAUGUGAAUCAUGGUCGCUACGAUGGAGAUAACGUGUUCUACUGCGACCGAGGUCAAGCUUCUAUCGAGAAGAUUCCAUGGCUGAUUAUGUUAUCGGAUCAAUACUACGCACCAGCUUUCUUCGUGAUGAAACGCUUCGAGAAAGAGGUGAUAAAAAUGUUUCCUGAGAAGCAAACUGUGUUUCAUCACUUGGGUCGAUACCUGUUCCAUCCUUCGAAUCAGGCGUGGGGGCUAAUCAAGAGGUUCUACCGGGCGUACCUGGAGAAGGCAGAUCAGAGAAUUGGUUUGCAGAUUAGAGUGUUCAAUCCCAAAACUGUACCAUUUCAGACUGUAAUGGAUCAGAUACUGAAAUGCAGUUCAAAGGAGAACAACAUCUUGCCUAAACUUGAUGAUGCCAAACCUGUAGGUACUUCUCAAUCCGGGAACGGGACAUCUUCCAAGGCUAUUCUUGCAGUUUCUUUGUACUCCGAGUACUAUGAGCACAUCAAGAACAUGUACUGGACCAAGCCGACUGUGGAAGGUGACGUGAUUGGAGUUUAUCAGCCAAGCCACGAGGAGUAUCAAAAGUUUGGUGACAAUAUGCACAACAUGAAGGCGUGGGCUGAGAUUAGUCUGCUCAGUACUUGUGAUGUUCUGGUGACAAGUGCUUGGUCGACGUUUGGAUAUGUAGCUCAGGGGCUUGGAGGUUUGAAGCCAUGGAUUCUGCACAAGGCGAAUGACCAGAAUGUACCGAACCCAGCCUGUGUAGAGGAUCUGUCGAUGGAGCCUUGUUUCCAUUUCCCUCCAACUUGUGACUGUGACACAGAUGAGAAGGUUGAUGCUGGUGCUCUUGUUCCUUACUUGAGACACUGUAAGGACUUGAACUGGGGAGUCAAGCUAGUUGAGUAG